CUGUAAUGUCGAGGAUUGUUAGAGGGCACGGAGGAAAGAGAAAAGAGUCGGUGGCGGUGGCCAUAGACAAGGACAAAGGAAGUGAACAUGCCAUCAAAUGGGCAGUUGAUCAUCUUCUCACCAGAGGCCAGCCUCUCACAUUGCUCCAUGUUAACCAAACAGGCUCCGACCCCCAACAAACCCAAGGGCUCUUUCUUUCUUUCCGUUCCUUGUGCUCCAAAAAGAAUAUAAAAUGCAAUGAAGUCGUAAUCAAGGACACUGACAUUCCAAACGCAAUCAUCGAUUAUGUUACGGCCAACACUGUUGAGAUUUUGGUACUUGGCGCACCAUCCAAAAGCGGCCUUUUCAGAUUUAAGCUCACAGACGUUCCAAGCACAGUGUCAAAAGGGGCACCGGAUUUUUGCUCUGUUUAUGUGAUUGGCAAAGGAAAGGUCUCGUACAUGCGAUGUGCUACUUCUGCACCCCAAAAAUCUGCCCAACGUAAUCAAGUACAACGCCAACCAAGCCCUAAUUCUGAAGCCAGAUCUUCAGCAUUGAAUAGGAUGCAGAACUAUUCUGCUCGUAACCAGCCAGAUGGUGACAUCCAAAUCAAAGGGGCUACCCAAACAAAAAUGAUUUACAGGUCACCGUUCGCACGAGGAAGACCCUCCAUGGACAAAUCAUAUGAGCUUUCACCAGAAACUGAUAUAUCAUUUGUAAGCAGUGGAAGGCCAAGUAUUGAUCGCAUGUCACCUCGCUGUGACUUUGGUGUAGAAUCAGGAAUGAACUCUCGACUUUCAAUCGGCUCAGACGGGGACAACAGAAGCUCCACAUCGUCUUACUCAAGACACAAGUUUUUAGAUAUGGGAUCUUUACAAUAUGAAAUGUCUUCAUGCUCAACUGACGGUGGAAAAUCAUGGUCAUCGUCACAAAACAUGGACGAUGUGGAAGCUGAGAUGAGGAGGCUCAAGCUAGAGCUUAAGCAAACAAUGGAAAUGUACAGUACAGCGUGCAAGGAAGCUCUGACAGCGAAAGACAAGGAAAAAGAAAUUAACAGGUGGAAAUUGGAAGAUGAACAAAGGCUAGAAGUGGCGCGACAUGCUGAGGAAGCUGCUUUGGCACUUGUGGAGAGGGAAAAAGCAAAAUGUAAGGCAGCCAUUGAGGCAGCUAAAGCAGCUCAAAGGAUUGCUGAAUUGGAAGCACAAAAAAGAAAGGUUGCAGAAAUGAAAGCCCAUAAAGAAUCCGAAGAGAAGAACAAGGCACUUCAAGCAAGGUCAUAUGAUCCUAGGUACAGGAAAUACACAAUUGAGGAGAUUGAAUCGGCAACAAAUGAUUUCUCACAAGCUCGAAAAAUCGGUGAAGGAGGCUAUGGACCAGUGUACAGAGGUGAACUAGACCACACACGAGUGGCAAUAAAAGUUCUACGUCCAGAUGCAGCUCAAGGACAGUCGCAGUUCAAGCAGGAGGUUGAAGUAUUAAGCAGUAUACGACAUCCAAACAUGGUUCUCCUCCUUGGAGCUUGUCCAGAGUACGGUUGCUUGGUCUACGAGUACAUGUCUAAUGGGAGCUUGGAAGAUCGUCUCUUCUGCAGAGGUAACACCCCAGUUAUUCCUUGGCAGAUAAGGUUCCGAAUCGCUGCAGAAAUCGGGACAGGGCUUUUGUUCUUUCAUCAGGCCAAGCCAGAACCCCUUGUACAUCGUGACCUAAAACCUGGAAACAUCUUGCUAGACCAUAACUAUGUGAGCAAGAUCAGUGAUGUAGGUUUAGCUAGGCUUGUCCCUCCAUCUGUAGCCAACUCUGUCACUCAGUAUCACAUGACAUCAACAGCCGGAACAUUUUGCUACAUCGACCCAGAAUAUCAGCAAACUGGCAUGCUUGGGACAAAAUCUGAUAUCUACUCACUUGGCGUCAUGCUUCUACAACUAAUAACAGCCAAGCCACCAAUGGGGUUGACUCAUCAUGUUGAGCGGGCUAUUGAGACGGGAACUUUUGCUGAGAUACUUGACCCUGCUGUUCCUGAUUGGCCAGUUGAGGAAGCCUUGAAGUUUGCCAAGCUUUGUUUACAAUGUGCUGAAAUGAGGCGAAAGGACAGACCAGAUCUUGGCAAGGUUGUGUUGCCUGAACUUAACAGAUUGAAAGCACUCGCAGACGAGAGCUUCAAUUGUGUCAUGUUUGGUGCUGGUGGAGUAUUCUCACCGAGGCAACGCUCGAAUCCCUCAAUGCAAGAUGUGAUAAGUCAACAAUCCGGAUGUGAAAGCUCAAGGAGCCGUUCAAGCACACCAUCAUUUCCUGGAAAGAUGGAGUUCUCAAGUUGACAAAACAUUCCUCAUCCAAAGUGAAACAAAUUCACAUUAUCUUAACCCUUAUCAUCUUGACUAUCCCAGCUACAUAAUUGGAGUUGUUCUUCAGUACGUUAUAAAGUUUUUAUUGGAAGUUGUUUCACAAAAAGAGGAAAAGAUUGUAUGAAAGAGAAAUCAACUGUGUAUAUUUGGAACUCAUUGAUAAUUUGAUGAUACAGAAAUUUUAAUUUCAUAAAGGCUUCAUUUAGAGAUUUCAAGUUUCUAUAUCUAACCUCUAGAACUCGUUUGGUGCCUACGAAAUGUUAUAUAUUCGAUAACUCAUUAUAUUCAAAGUAUGUUGAAGGAAGAAAUGAAGAAAUUUGUCCGAGUUGUUGGUAGAAUACAGAUAACUCACCAUAUUCAUGUUGAAGGAAGAAAUGAAGAAAUUUGUCCACGUUGUUGGUAGAAUACAGAUAACGCACCAUAUUCAAACUAUGAAGACGAUGACGCCGUACGUCAGGAGAGGCCACAGGGUAAGCAGCUCUGCUACAAGCACGCGGAGCAAAUAGAAACAUCAUCGCCCUUAGAUGCUUUGCUACUGCUACUCUCUCUCCUUCUGAUAA